AUGUCUGCAUCUCCAGAGCCCCAGGCUGGCUCCCGUGGCGCCUCUCCCGAGCAUGACGAUACCGAGAAGGUCGCAACGCCCGGCGUUGCGCAGGACGAUGGUGAGCAGGAGAACGCUCAAGACCAUGGAGAAAACCAAGGAGAAUACCAAGGAGAAGACCAAGGAGAAAAUGGCGCUGGGGGACUCUCUGACGACAAUGACGAUGCUGCCCUCUCAGACGAUGAGUCCAUCCUGUCUGAAGUCGACGAGGCGCAAUUCGACAACUUUGAUCCAGAUAACGUUGAUGUCGAGGACCGCCCACCACUAGCCAUCGACGAGGAAAAUCUGAAACUGAUUGGCCGUCACAAGCGUAAGCGCACGGAAGGAGAGGAGGGUCGCUCCCGCAAGAAGGAAGGGCGGCGUGGCAAGAAGCGUCGCGGACACGAUGAUGAUGACGACGAGGGCGGCGCAGAGGGCUCGUCGGCUCGUCGCGAGCGCAAGAAGAAGGCUGCGUCUCCUGAUACUGACGAAGAAACCUUGGAUCCCGAGACUCGCCGUCGCCGUGCCCUUGACCGUGCAAUGGACGACGCUAUGAAGAAGCCCGUGAAAAGACGCGGCCGCAAGCAAGAUGGAAUCGACCUGGAAGCCAUGGCCGAUCAAGAGAUCGAAGAUAUGCGUAAGCGUAUGACCCACGCUGCUCAAAUGGACGCCAUCAGCCGCCAGAACGACCAGCCCGCUCUACACAAGCUUAAGCUCCUCCCCGAAGUCACCAUGCUACUGAACCGCAACCAAUAUACGAACAGCUUGGUUGACCCCGAAAUCAACAUCCUGGAAGCCGUGAAGUUCUUCCUUGAGCCCUUGAAUGACGGAACCAUGCCUGCGUAUAAUAUCCAGCGGGAUUUGCUGACUGCGAUCAGUAAGCUUCCCAUCAACAAGGAAGCUUUGAUUGCCAGCGGAAUCGGCAAAGUCAUCGUUUUCUAUACCAAGAGCAAGCGGGUUGAGCACCCCAUCAAACUCAUGGCGGAGAAGCUGCUUGCGGAAUGGACUCGACCUAUUCUGCAGCGAAGCGACGAUUACUCGAAGCGGGUCUUCCAGGAAGCCGACUUUGACCCAACCAAAAUCACCAAGCGUGUCUCGACCCCCGCCGAGCUGGUUGCUGCAGAGGCUCGCGCCCGUGACAUGAUUCCCAACGCCCGGCGGAACCGUGCCCAGGUCGACCGUACCCAAGUCAGCUAUUCCAUUGUUCCUCGACAGACCACCGUGGCGCAAAGUCAGUUUGCUCGACCUCUAGGUGCCAGUGGUGAGGAUCGUUUCCGAAAGAUGCAAGCUCGACAAGCCGGGGGCAAGGGAUCGCGUCGUUAA